UAUGUACAACUGUGGCUGGGUGGCAAUGGCUGCCAAAGAAAGUUGUCGGUGGGGAAAUACACAGUAAAGUUGCAGUAGGUGCGCUAUGAGUGACGUCGGAGUGUUACAGGUUGUUUACACCAACACAGUAGUUAUUUACAGUGUUUAAUAUUCAAGCGGUCAGUAACAAUUGGAAUAUAAGAAUGACGUUUGAGACCAUGCCGGCAACCUAAUUUUAGUGAGUAGGCGUAGUCCAGGUUUAUGGCUCUGGAUGCAGGUGUACAGGGACAUAAACGGGUGGUAUCGGAGUCUGUGUUGCAAGUGUCAGUUUUGAUAAAGAUGGUUUCAUCAAAUCACAGAUAUGAGAACGCAAAGGUGUUGGGAGAGCUGAUGCUGGAGUGAUGUGUUUGAUGCACCUCAUGCUGCAAAAAGUUCUAGCCAUUGACAGUGGACACAAAUGAAAUAAACGUUGUCGAAUACAUACUGGCAGCAUGUUUCACUUGCAGCAGUCUCUUCAGUGAGUUGCAUUUUUGGCCUGAAGACAAUUAUGAAGCGGUACAGCAGAAGAUUUUUCAUCAUCACAUCUCAAACGUAAUAAUCCUCCAACUUAUAUACAAGUCAUCAUCAGAACUGGGCCUCUUCACUCUAAGGAUACAGCAGCAUUGAACGAGGGCGAAGCUAUGUGCAUUGUGAAAUGAUGUGAUGUGAUCCCCCUUUACGCAAUCUUAAGCAACCAUACAGACUGUAACAUAAAUACUAGUCUGGAAUGGGCAAUAAAAAUAGUUGUUGUCCUUACUCCAGCCCCAAUGCUGGAGGUAAAGAUGAUGAAAGGAUUGAAGAAUAUCUGCCUGAAGGAGAAGAAAGUGUGGGUAAUCUUCAGCAUAUAAGUGAACGUGAGCCAGAGGACUGGGACACAGAUCCAUCACUUCAUCCGAAGGCAGGAACAAUAUUCAUGGAAAGAUCAAAAGCGUCAAUUGAGAAUGGCUUGGUGAGAAAGAGAAGCCAGAAUCAUCUGGUUGACUCAAGACCAUUAAAGAAGAGCAGCUCAUGUUCCACAAUAUAUCUUGAUGACAGUACAGUUUCUCAGCCAAAUUUAAAAAAUACUGUGAAAUGUGUAGCUUUAGCGAUAUAUUAUCACAUCAAGAACCGAACAUCGCAUAGACAAUUAGAAAUUUUUGAUGAGAAACUUCAUCCUCUGUCUAGAGAUGCGGUGCCCGAAGAUUAUGAUAGACAUAAUCCGGAACAUAGACAGAUUUACAAAUUUGUGAGAACCCUGUUUAAUGCUGCACAACUCACAGCAGAAUGUGCAAUAAUCACUCUUGUCUACUUGGAGAGACUGCUGACGUAUGCUGAAGUCGAUAUAACCCCAGCCAAUUGGAAAAGAAUCGUUCUUGGAGCAAUCUUAUUAGCAUCAAAAGUAUGGGAUGAUCAGGCUGUGUGGAAUGUUGAUUACUGUCAAAUACUGAAGGACAUCACUGUAGAAGACAUGAAUGAACUUGAGCGACAGUUUCUGGAAAUGUUACAAUUCAACAUUAAUGUUCCCUCCAGUGUUUAUGCAAAGUAUUACUUCGAUCUCCGAACUCUAGCAGAGGCAAACGAUCUUUCAUUUCCUGCUGAGCCACUCAGCAAAGAAAGAGCUCAAAAGCUAGAGGCUAUGUCACGUGUCUGUGAGGACAAAAUAACGGCAGAGGCAUUACGUAAUGGACACAAAAAAUGGUCAAGUAUGGAUAAUGUGAGUACUGGAGGACCUAGACGCAGUGUAGCAAUUCUUUCGUAACACAGUGAGUUUUGUCUGUUGAGUUGCACACUGCUUGAAGUUUGAUCACCAUGUGUUAAUGAAAUGAGACCACUGAAAAAAGGACUGAUGUAUACGUCCAGUCUUAUUUUUCUUGCCGAUGACUUUCAUCAUGGGAUGUAUUAUGAAACUGUCAGACAAGCAGUGUAUGAAACAUCUACAUUUUAAACACUUUGUACUGGUGGUGAUGCAACGAAGUUAUGUAUGAAUGACUGAAAAUUUUAAAUAAGUUUUAUUUGUCAAUUGUAUGUAUACAAAUUACCAAAGGAUGUUUCUGCAAUACAGGUACUGUGUUGCUGUUAAGAGGAGGAUAAAAUUUCACAUUAUAUUUCUUUUUUAUGUAAAGAUUGUUUCUUCCAAAUCCUGUCUUUUUUUCCAGAAAUUAUUGGGAAGUAUCCAACAUAGUUUUUAUCUUUUGUAUUGCCUUGUACAGUAAACAAAGUAAUUUAAAGGUUUGAAAUUUUAAUAUGACUGUGUAGUCAUGCAGUGAUGUAAUGGCUGUAACUUCCUAACAGUAAUAUGUUGUCAGUUGUAGGCAGCUGAAAUUGUAUUGAAAGUCAGUACAUAUAUGUAGCACAACAUCAGCCAUCUUUUCUGUGAUUAAAUUUUGUUAUUUUAAAUACCAAAAUAUUUUACUGGUAAUUGUUAGCAAAUAUUUUAUGCGUCUUUGCUUAUUAAGAAAUUUAUUGUAUUUGCUAUAUUUUUGAUUGCUGUAACUUUCAAAAAAUAUGUAAUUAUUAAUUUUCCCUAGGGAAGGCAUUUAUAGUGUUUCCACAAAUACUUGUAUAUUUUUGUAGAACUUAUAUGAAGAUUUUUUUUAAUGUGUUGACAAGUCUGUUUCAUUCCUUUGCUUUUAUAUAUAUAUAUAAAAAGUAAUGCACCAGGGCGAUAAUUUUGUUUGCCCAUUACAAUAUUAUUUUGUUAAAGUGAUGUGUCACUUCUUCCACUAUUCCUUCAGAAAUAUGUCUUGAAAAUUUCAUAGUGCACAAUAUAUAAAAAGAAAUAGCACCUUUUUCUAUGAAGUUCAGUUCAUAAAAUGUAAAUCUUAAAAUCUAAUUAUUUGACAUGAUUUGUCAAAAAUUUAAGUUCAUUGUUUCUUUGAUUCUCUUGAGUUUACAGAACAGCAGUUUGGACCUCAGAAAUGGAUACAGAUUGCUAUUCUCCUAAGAGAAUUAUUUGCUUUAAAGUAAUUGUUGUGUAUGUGACCUGUGCCAGACUUUUGUAAUGAAACGCCUUUACAGAAAUUUCAUAUUGAAAUAUAUUUUUAAAUUGCUUGAA